AUGGCAAAAGAAUCUAUUACAGCAGGCAUAACUAAAAGAAAAGUAAAGAAAAUCCGUGGUGAAAAUGAACCAAAAAAACCAACAACAGAAUAUUUCAUGUUUUUAAGAGACACAAGAAAACAACUGCAACCCGGGCUAUCAGUGAAAGAACAGACUAAAAUACUCAGCAAAAUGUGGGCAGAGCUCAAGCCUGAGGAGAAGAAAAAGUAUUCUGAGGAGUACGCAGAGGCUUUCAAGCAGUACAAGAUUGAUCUGGAGGAGUACAAAAAGACUGAUGAGUAUCAUGAUGUGCUAAAAAAGAACAAACAGCUGAAACUCGUAGAUGGAAAGAAGCCACAGUCAAACAGAAAGCCAUCUGGCUACAACUUAUUUGUUAAGGAAAAGAGUGCAAGCAUUGCUGAGGAGCGGGGAAGCGAAGCCCCUGUUCUUUCUCUUAAGGAAAUUUCUCAAAUGAUUUCUAAAAAGUGGCAGUCUUUAACUGAUGAAGAGAAAGCUGCGUAUAAAUUAAAGGCCCUUGCUGCAUCAGAGGAGAAGGAGUCUUCUGUUGAGAAUGUAGAGCCAUAAUAAAUAGUAAAAAUGAUCCUACAGGGACUCGAACCCCGACUCUUCGGUUCCGUAGACCGACGCCUUAACCAUUAGGCCAUAGGACCCCUAUAUUAUUGAAAUAAACAUUAG